CCCAUGCUGGUAUAUAUAAAGGACAAAUGCAGAAAAUUCAAUUCUACUCCUCAAGUUCAACAUGCGAGGGCUCCUCCUAUGCUGCCUCGUGGGUCUGGCCACGAGUCAAAGUGUCAAUUAUGAGCCCCAUCUGAACCCGAAGAAAACCUACGAGUACAAAUAUGAGGGAGCGGUAAAUUUUGGACUCGGCAUGCCAAACCUCGCUGAGUCUGGUGCAAGAAUCACAUGCAAGAUCAAGAUCACUGGGGUGUCUGCACAAACAUUCAUCCUUCAGGUUUCAGAUUUGUCCUUCGAGGAGUUCAACGGCUUCCUGGGGAAAAACAGCUUUAAUGUCUCCCCAAAGCUCACCCAGCGUAUUGCUGCCCAGCUUGUCAAACCUUUCACGUUUGACUACAUUGGUGGACACGUUGGUAACAUCCAAGCCUCUGCUGAGAUUUCUGACACUAUUGUCAACAUUGUGAGAGGGAUUCUGGGAUUGUUCCAAGUCACUGUGAAGACCACGCAGACGAUCUAUGAGCUUGAAGAGGCUGGCAUCCAUGGCAUGUGUCCGAGUAACUAUGCUACUGAAGUAAACGUGGAAACAAAGGACAUGACCAUCACUCAGGUUGUGGAUGUCGGUAACUGCAGGGAGAAGGCAGCCAUGUACAGGGGCAUGGCUACCGCUGUGUUUGACCAAGUCUCCAAACAGAGAGGGGAAUCUGUCAUUUCAACAGUGAGAUAUAUUUACACAGUCAAGCCAACAGCAGAGGGAGGUUUCAUUACCAAGGCUCAUGGCCUGGAGCAACAGCACUUCAGUCCCUUCAAUGUGAAGGGUGGCAGUUUCCAGAUGCUAGCGAUGAAGGAAAUAGUGCUGCUCGGCGUGAAUGACACAGAGACAGCCGCCGUGUUUGGGCCAAUGGAAAGCAAGGGCAACCUUGUUUACAAGUUUGUCAAUGCAGACGCUAAUGUCCCUAUUUUGAUGCAGAGCCUGGACAGCCCAGUACCAAAGGCUAUUGAGUUGAUCAAGCAUCUGGCUGAAGUUAAUCGUUACCAGAUUGACAGUGCAACAUCAGAGGACACUAUAAAGCUGUAUCAACUCCUGCGAGCGAUUCCCUAUGAAGGAUUAGAAGUUAUGUGGAAGCAAUUUGCAGAAAAUGAUGAGCAAAGACGUUGGUUUUUGGACAUGAUUGUUGAGGUCAACGAUGCCAGAAUCCUGAAGUUCUUCCAAAUGAGGUUCCAGGCUGGAGAUGUGUCUGCUAAUGAAGCUCUGCAAGCCAUUUUGCUGGUGAUGAACCAUCUCCAGCCUAUUCCUGAUCUGGUUGAGAUGGCUAAAAUGUUUUUAAACAUGCCCUUUUCUAAAUCCAAUAUCUAUCUGUGGCAUGCUGUGGUGCUUUCCUAUGGCUCUCUGGUGUACAAGCACUGCACCUAUUAUACACCUUGUCCUGUAGCUGCUGUUCAGCCGCUGCUGGACAUGGCUGUGGAAAGUCUGAGGAAUGGCACCGAGGCAGACAUGGUCAUUGCUCUGAAAGCUCUGGGGAAUGCGGGUCAUCCAGGCAGCAUUAAAACCAUCAUGCGCUUCCUCCCCGGAGUUGCUGCCAGCCCUGUGAAUCUGCCACCUCGUGUGCUGAGUGCCGCUGUGCAGUCUAUGAGACUUAUAGCUGCCAAAGACCCUCGCAGUGUCCAAGACAUCACCAUGACUCUGUUCCUGCAGAAGAACCUUCCCGCUGAGAUACGCAUGAUGGCCUUCAUGAUACUGUUUGACACUAAGCCAUCAAUGGCUCUGGUGUCCACAGUGACUGUACAUCUACAGGAGGAAAAAGACCUCCAUGUUAUUAGCUUUGUAUACUCCUACUUUAAAAGCAUUGCCAGAUCCAGUACUCCAAACAACCACUUCCUCUCAACUGCCUGCAAUGUAGCCGGGAAAAUCCUGGCCCCUAAAUUUGGUCGUCUCAGCUAUCACUACAGCAAAGCAACGCGCAUGGACUGGUUUAAUGGUAUGCUCUAUUACAGAUUCUUGGAUUUAUCUGAAACUGUUGACAUGACAAUUUGCUUUUUUUCCUCCAAUACAGAUGAUUUCCUAAUUGGUACAGCAGCAGAAGUCUUCAUGCUACGAAGUGCAACAAACAUCUUUCCCACUGAAAUCAUGAUGAAAGGAAAAUUUUAUUUCAUUGGUAGAAUUCUGCAGCUAUUGGAGUUGGGUAUCCAUGCUGAUGGGCUUAAGGAGCUGCUUGGCGCUGGCAUCCCUAAUUUUAAAGGAGAUCUCAGUGUCAGUGACUUUCAGGCUGUUCUCAAUGUGCUUAAAAACUGGGAAAUUCUGCCCAAUGAUAAGCCUGUCCUUUCUGCCUACACACGGACCUUUGGACAAGAGUGGUUCUUUGCUGAUAUUACCAAAGACACCAUUCGGAACAUAUUCAGGGCUGUCAGUCCUUCUUCAGGGAAAGAGAGCCCUCUGUGGGCUGCAAUUGAGAAUUUACAGAAGGGAGUGUCAUGGCAUUGGACAAAACCAUACUUAAUCUUUGAGGCUCGCUACUUCCAAGCUACCACCCUGGGUGUCCCACUGGAGAUAAGCAAAUAUUAUCAGACCAUCAAUGGGAUCACUGUAAAUGCGAAGGCUGCAGUAAAUCCACCACUGACUGAUCGUCUUGGACAACUGCUGACUUCUGAAAUUUCACUGGAGACUGAUGGUUUUAUUGGUUACACAAAGGAUUUUUGGGUUUUCUAUGGGAUCAACACCGAGCUUUUCCAGUGCGGUUCAGAGUUUAAGAGCAAAAUACCUAUUGCUAUCCCUUGGAAUUUUUCUGCGAAGAUCAACGUCGGAGAAAUGAAGUUUGAACUCGACUUCCCUCCAUGCAAAAAAGAGUUUGAACUUUUUUCAGUCAGUUCCAAUGUGUACGCAGUCUCCAGGAACAUCGAAGAUCCAGCUUUGACUAAAAUGACUCCAAUUAUGCCCACCGCUAUCGACUCCAAUGAUGAAGUCGUCCACAAGGGACCAACAGCCGUGGGGCCUGAGUCAGAUCAGGUACUGACACCAAACACAUGGCAUCCGAGAUCCAACAUGUGUGCUGAGAGUAAGAUUUAUGGAGCUGGUCUGUGUGUGGAGUCUGAGUUAAGGAGAGAGUAUUAUCAUGAGGAAUACCCCCUGUACUAUUUCCUGGGAUAUACCCACAUGGCAUUGAAAGUAGUCCCAGCCCAGGCAAUCAAAGCUGUUGACAAAAUCCACUUUGAGGUUAACGCCGGCCCGAGCAAACAUCCAGUCAGCACAAGCCAACUGCUUGAGACUAUGAGGAGGCUUUCCAAGGAAGCCACCCAGGGAGUACGUCUGUCCUCUGAUUCAGCCUCAAGCGUCAGAGGAUCACAUCUCAGCCAUCAUGACGACCUAUUUCAAGGCUUGAACUCAACACCUGAAGCUGUGUUGAUUAUCAAAGCCUUGGCCAUGAGUGGCAACCAGAAGCCCGAGGGUUACAAUGCAGUCUUCUACUACACACCCGAGGCAAACAUUCACAAUGCCCAGAUGAUUGUGUCCCAGGUUGGGGAAGACACCAACUGGAAGAUGUGCAUCGACACCAAUGUGAAUGCCCAUGUCGAGGCAAUGGCACGCAUUGGAUGGGGAGCUGAAUGUCAGUCUUAUGAAAUGUCAAUAGUAUCUGCAACUGCACAUCAGCCUGGCUCCAAGCCAACAAUCAAGGCCAAAGUACAGUGGACCAAGAUACCAGAGACCAUGGCAGAGAUGGGCAUAAGAAUUGAAAGCUACAUUCCAGGCAUGGCUUUUUUUCUCGGCUUCUACGAGCAACAUGAGAGAAAUGCCAAGCAGGAGGUUUCUGCAUCAGUUGUUGUCACCUCAGCAGACAGCGUCGAUGUGAAGAUUAAAUUCCCAGAGUAUACAGUCUACAGGCAGGCUUUUACGGUUCCACUGCCACCUGGCUGUUUUCAGGAUUUUCAACACCUCAGAAACACAACAAACGACAGCUUUGGAUGCGCAUAAAAACAUAUGGGAUCCAGAUGCCUCUUUUCACAGUGAUAACGCUGCAACCAAAAUCUCACCACCGUGAUGAAAGUGAGGAUCAUAAAAGUUGCAUCAGUAAUCCGUCAGAUGUCACCCUUUUGAAAAUAACCUGUAAAGGUCCUGAAUUAUUCAUUAUAAAGUGUGUUAAUAUUUGAACACCGUCUUUUGAUGAAAUAUUGUGUAAAUUCAUGAUUAUGUCCCGAAAUAUAAUAUAUAUUUAAUUAUUAUAUAAAUAAUCUUCAUAAUCAGGGCAUGAAGUUAACUUUUUUGACCACCAGCCACUGUGGCAGGU